CACCACGUGCGCAUCGAAGGUUUGAAAGGCUUGAACGGCCUUGAUUUGAACAGUUAAAUUCGAUCUGACAAUCGCAAGACGGGCGAGCUAGCCCUCGAGCUCAUCCAGCGACGCUCAUGAUUUGCCGAAUACGACACGUCGAUGGGCUCUCACACAGAUAUCGUGACCAAUGAACUCGUUCGCACAAACUCACAUACCACCUCACUAUUCUCGUCACAACCGCCCGGUCAACCCUAUAAGCUAUUCAUUCACAGACUGGGGAAGUAACUUCAUGCUCCUCGUACCUCCACCGAACGCAUCAGAAAUCGAACCUUCGUACAAAAUUUCUGUAUCGCUCAAUUUGAAUCCCUUCCUUCCAAUCUCGUUCGUUACAAAGGUGGAGAUGGUCCUGAUAGAGAAUGACCCCGAAGUUGUUUUUGUUGGAGAAUUUGAAGUAUCCUUGAAUCAAACUCGGGGUGUACUCACCAUGAUUGGUGCGCCUACUCGACUUUCGAAUGUGCUUUCGAACGUAGAUGCAUCUAGAGGACAUUGGAUGUGGACACAUGCAAAUGUACAGUUACGAUGGGAUUGUAGGACUAGACUCGAAGACGGCUCGCCCAUGUGUGUUUGCUAUGGUUUAGAUCGGUUAUCUAUCCAGCUCGCUACGUUUGUACCACCCCCCAUUCUUGCCUCACCCCCACUUCCAGCCGCCGUCUUUACCGUGUUUCCUGACGGACAUGAGUUCUUCGAGCACAUCUUGGUGUCAAUGCUUGUUGUUCAAAGAAAACUCCCAUCAUGGUCUACAUAGGGGUGUUGCUACAUAAUUUAGUGCUGGAUUUAUUACGCUUGAAGCUUGAUUACCACGAACGUGGCUGUUAGCAGAUGUUUUGAGGAAACCGAUUAGGCUGAGCUGCUGCUCUGUUGACUUCGAACGAAGAUUGUGAUUAAUUUUACCCGUAGGUGGCGUGAUAUAUUUUAGAAGUAACCUGAAGUAACCCAUGAAAGUGUGGUCCGGACUAAAGUCUACCUAAGGUCGUUCGGGCGUUCUCUUG